AUGGGGCUGUCGAGAAGCGCGGAAGUCUUUGCCAAGGGACUCACCGUAUGGAUUCACGGAUGCACCGGUUAUGGCCGCCGUGCGUUCCGCCGACUCUUGCCAGCCCUCGCCAAGUGUAUACGAGCGCAUCUGCAUCUCCAUCAAGAGCAAUCGAUGGUCAACAAACUCGUCGUCUUUGAAAGUGCGAUCUUGACAUCGCCGCGUGCAGGCGCGGGAACCCAUUCCCCACCAUCCCCUGGGCCUACAUACGAAGCUGGCUCGAAACCCGCAGAGGUUUUGUACCAGCUUGCAAUGUCCGGUCGUCCAUCCAUACACGCCAGGCAUGGCAAAGUGAUUGUGUUAUUACCUUCCUCGUCUGUCCGAAUACUAGCUGAUGCUGGUGCCUGGUUGCCCGAGAUUUGA